UUUCCCAUAAAAUAUGCAAGUGUGUAUAAAAUAAAAUUCUCGGUUGAAAGUUGAAACAGAGCAUCCACCAAAGAUAAAUAGACAGAGGAUAAACAGAUAGAUCAUCAGUUACAAACACAAUUAAAGCGAAAUGGAGGAGAGUAUGGUCCAUUUCAGCCACGAACACCCACUGUUGCUGUGCAACAAGAAGAGAAUUCACAACUCCAAGUGCGCUGGCUGUGAUCUGCCUCUCCGUGGUCCAGCCUACGAGUGUUCUUCGUGCAAUUUUUGUCUCCACAAAUCAUGCUCUCAAGUGCCAAUGGAGAUCCAACAAAGCCCUCUUCACCCAUCUCACCCUCUCACUUUGCUCCGCAAGUCACAGGACGGAUUAGGAGUAUUUAUAUGCCAUAGCUGCAACCAAUCCUGUUAUGGGUUCAGGUACCAAUGUUCACAAUGCAACUUUGUCUUGGACAUUGAAUGUGCUACAGAAGAUGAUCAUCCACUCAUUAGCUAUGGUACUGAAGAGAAUAUUAAACAUAGUAGCCACCGCCAUCACUUGACCCCGGCUAAUUUCAGGAGGUUUGAAGGUAUUCGGUGCUCUGGGUGCAAGUUAGAUAUCGAUGGCGAGGCCUAUGUCUGUAGAGGAUGCAAAUUUUUCCUUCAUAAAUCUUGUGUGGAGUUGCCCGAAGAGAUCAAGCACCACUUCGACACGGCGACUACGUUCGGCCUCCUAGCUUGUCUUGAACCUGCAAUCAUUUGCAGUGCCUGCAAAGAAGAUUUCCAUGGAUUCACGUACAUGAGACAGUCAGGUGGUAUGGAAGUUGGUAUUGAUUGUUCUUUUCUGAAGCCUAGUCUGAAGGUUGAACAGCACAAGCACAGUCUCACUUACUUCGAAAAGAAAGUUCGUGGAAUGAAGUGCAGUGCGUGUGGAAAUCGCUGCAAGGCCCAGAUUUUUCGUUGUGUUAAGUGCAAUUUUAAUCUCCAUUUCAGUUGUGCUCCGAUCUUGCGAACCAUCAAGCACGAAUGUCAUAUAGAUCCCCUGACCCUUAAGAAAUUGGAAGGUGAAGAUGAAACAGAGGAUCACUAUUGUGAUGCUUGUGAGGAAAGAAGAAUCCCAAAUCAGUUGGUGUAUUAUUGUGAAGAAUGCGAUUUUGCAGUUCAUAUUGAAUGCGUUCUAUCUGAGGUGUUGGGUUCAUCAAAUGGAGGGAUUUCUCAGGCUCAACUGGACCAAGAAAGUGAUCCGCCAGAAGAAAAAGGGACCAUGCACUGAUGCACCUCACUCGUGCUCCUGAGCUUGUUAGAUUCGAUGAUGAUAUUGAGGAGGCCAACGAUGAUUUGCAGAAAAUGAAAACCAGACUGGAGGAGCUAAAGGAGGCUAAAAGUGAAGAAGAGAUUCUUGAGGCCUCUCAAGAGGUGGAGAACUUGAGAGCUAAACUAGAGAAACUGGAGACUGAACGUACAAGAUUUAAAUUCGAUAAUCCACUACUUGAUAUGCCGUAGGAGACCCAGAAAAAUCGUCCAACCCUUACAGUGAAAAAUAUUCCUGUGCAUGGGGAGGGGAUGCUAUUUCAGACAGAAGUUUAGCUAAGUCUUUGUAUCUUAAGGGCGUGUUUGUUAGCUUGAAAUGUAUUGUCCCUCUUUUAAUUGUUUGGCAGCAGUGAAGCACGUUUGAAUAUGUAAUGAUGAUUUCGUUUUAGUUCUCAUUCAUAAAAGUUCAUUUAUGGAA